AUGGGGCGGCGCCUGCGCUCGCGGCUGGACGCGCUGCGCCCCGACGUGGCGGCCGCGGUGCAGCGCGCGCAGCGGCGCCAGCAGCAGCACGCGCCGGGCUCCCCGCGCCCCGCGCUGCUCCCGGGGGACACCGUGCUGGCCAGGGAUUACUCCGCGCGGGGGGGGAAGUGGACGGAAGGGAAGCUAGUCGAACAAACCGGACCAGUUUCGUACAAAGUUGACGUAGACCCUGUAGCCGAGCUGACGGCGCGGCGGCGCGGCCCGCGGCGCCUGUUCCGCGGAGACAAGACCCGCAUCAGCCACUUCCCCUUCGUGGUGUCGGUCCACCUCAACGGGCGCUUCCACUGCGGCGGCGCGCUGUACUGGCGCGACCUCGUCGUCACCGCCGCUUCUUGUCUACAGAUAAUACACAACAAUCGGUUCUUCCGCGAGAACCCGGCGGCGCUGGCGGUGCGCGUGGGCAGCGACUACAGCCUCGGCGGCGGGGAGUUCAUCGAGGCUCUAGAGGUAUACUUCCACCCGAGCUACGACCCCCGCCUCCUCACCCACAACCUGGCGUUGGUGCGUCUCUCCCGCCACCUGCGUCUCACCAGCCGCCGCGCGCCCCGGCUGAUCCCGGUCAGGGACUCCAGUGACCCGCUGCCGGCCAGCGCCGAAGUGCUUCUGCUGGGGUGGGGGACGUCUGAAAAAUCAAGCAAGUCGAUGAUGCCGCAAUCGUUAAAAAAAAAGCUGCUACCGGUGUAUCCCAACCAUUUUUGCAAAGAUAUUUAUGGCGCUAAGUACGUGACUUCGACGAUGUUCUGCGUCGGAUCGGUCUCCCAGGGAAACGGUGCCUGCGACCGCGACAGCGGCGGCCCGGCCGUCUUCGCGGGUAACCUGGUGGGGGUGAUAUCGUACGGGCCCCCGCGCUGCGGCGCCGCCGGCAACCCCACUGUACUCACGCUGGUAGGAGCGUACAGCGACUGGAUCCAGGAGGUCAAUGACACUCAUCCAGACUACUACAUAUCCCUAAAACGCACGACUACCACGACCGCCUCCUCCAUGGAAGCAAAGACCAAGAAAACCACAGAAAAAGUAGAUCCAAUGCACCCCAUAGACCCCAGCGCACCACCUGGAGAACUCGCCCCCGAUCAACCUACAACAGAAGCAGGACCAGGUGGUGAAACUAAUACAGGAGCAGAACUAGGCACCACAACUGAAGAGCAAACAGUAACAGAAGCUCCCAAAGACGAGGCUGAUAAACCACCAGCACCAGAACAUGCAGUUGACGUACCGGGAGGGAAGGUGGAAGACGUUACUGAAGUGGAUAAGAAUACGGAUACUCCAACCUAA